GUGCUCAUUAAAUGGCACCUUUGGCUCAUUCAUGAUGUCACUGCAGCCCAAGGUCUCCAGUGGUGCUGGAAUGUGCUGACUGGGGUCUCAGUGGCCCUUGUCCUGCUGCUCUUCCUCCUCCUCUUCCUCUUCCUCCGACACCGGCAUCAGAGCAAAGGCAGGACAUUGGAUGCUGCCAUGAAGGACCCUUGUCCUGGGGAGGGUAUGGAGCUGGACCCUCAGCAGAACAGGACCCAUGAUGACCCCCAGGGAGUGACCUAUGCCCAGGUGACCCUCUCACCAUCAAAGCUCAGGCAGGGAAUGGCCUCACCUUCCCUCUUGUCAGAGGAAUUGCUGGACAUGAAGGAUAGGCAAGCAGAAGAGGACAGACAGAUGGACAGUCAGGCUGCUGCCUCUACUGCCCCCGAGGAUGUGACCUAUGCCCAGCUGACGCACUUGACCUUCAGACAGCAGACAAGGGCACCCACUUCCUGCCCGUCAGAGGGGCCCCCAGAUGAGCCCACGUCCACCACAGCAUCCUCUGAUCCUGCACCUGCUGGUGCAACCAAGCAGGAGAACCCAGCAGAAGAGCCAGUGGGAACUGCCAUCAACGAUCGGACAUCCAGACCUUCUUCCCCAUCAAACCUUUUUGAAGACAUGACAAGUGCACUUGUGACAGGGACCCUCCUGAGACCCAGCAUCUGGGGUGAGCCAGGCCCUCCCACACCCUGGCUAUUCUCUGUGACCAUCUGGUGUCAGUGGGUCCUGGAGGCCCAGGAGUACUGUCUACAUAAAGAAGAAAUGUAUAUGUCCUGAGACAGAGAGAAACCGCUGGAGCCUGGAGAGAAGGCCAAGUUAAUCAUUGACAGUUUCCAUGCAGGGAGAUAUUACUAUAAAUACCACACUCCCACUGGCUGGCCAGAGCCCAGUGACCCCCUGCAGUUGGUGGCUACAGGCUACUAAUACAGCAAACCCAGCCUCUCAGCCCUGCCCAGCCUUGUUGUGACCUCAGCAGGGAAUGUGAUCCUCCAGUGUGGCUCAUGGCAGGGAUUUGAGAGGUUCAUUCUGACUAAGGAAAAAGACAGGCUUUCCUGGACCCUGGGCUCCCAGCCUCACCCCAGUGGGCAGGUCCAGGCCCUGUUCACUGUGGGUCCAGUGACCCCCAGCCACAGGUAGACAUUCGGGUGCUAUGGCUGUUACAGGAACAGACCCCAUCAGUGGUCAUGGCCCAGUGACUCCCUGGAGUUCCUGGUCUCAGGUGGCUCAGGAAAGCCCUCCCUCCUGACCCAGCAGGGCCCUAUUGUGGCAUCUGAACAGAGCCUGACCCUCCAGUGUUGCUCUGACCUUGGUUAUGACAGAUUCGCUCUGUCCAAGGAAGGGGGACAAGACCUCCCCGACAGUACUGCCCUGUAACCCCAGGCUGGGCUCUCUCAGGCCAACUCCCCUCUGAACACUGUGCAUUGCUCCCACGGGGGCCGGUACAGGUGUUAUGGUGGACACAACCUCUCCUCGUGGUCAGCCCCCAGUGAUCCCCUAGACAUCCUGGUGGCAGGACAGCUCCCUGACAGACCCUCCUUUUCAGUGCAGCUGGGCCCCAGAGUGGCCUCAGGGGAGAAGGUGACCCUGCUGUGUCAGUCAUGGAGCCCAAGAGACUCUUUUCUUCUGACCAAGGAGGGGGCAGCCGAUCUCCCGCUGCAUCUCAGAUCACAGUCCCAAGCUCAGCAGCACCAGGCAGGGUUCUCCAUGGGUCCUGUGACCUCAGCCCUUGGGGGGAUCUACAGGUGCUACAGCUCACACAGCACCUCCCCCUACCUGUUGUCACAGCCUAGUGACCCCCUGGAGCUCUUGGUGUCAGGGUUCUGUCUGGGCCAGAAGAUCUGGACACUCACAGGUGUGUUCAAAAAACUCUACCUCUCAGCCAAGCCAGGCUCCUUUGUGCAUGCAGGAGAGGCUGUGACCCUGCACUGUCACUCAGAACUCAUGUUUGACCAGUUUAUCCUGUGCAAGGAGGGGGAUGCACGGCGUUCCUGGCAGGUUGUGGAGAAGCUCCAUGCCAGGAAUGGACAAGCUCACUUCUCCAUGGGCCCCAUGACACCUGCAUGUGCAGGGACCUACAAGUGCUAUGGCUCUGUCCAUCACUCACCCUAUGAGUGGUCAAUCCCCAGUGACCCCCUGAAUGUUGUGAUCACAGGAAUGCAGAAGAAACCAACUCUCUCAGCCUGGCCUGGCCCCACAGUAUUUUUAGGGGAUAAUGUGACCUUGUUCUGUCACUCUGAGAGUCCAAAUGACCUGAACCACCUAUGCAGGGAGGGUGAGACUCACGGGUGCUGGUUUGCUGGGGGACAGUGUCUUCAUGGUAUGUUGCAGGCUGACUUCCCCCUGGGCCCUGUGACCUCAGCUAGAGGGACCCACAGAGGGACCUACAGAUGCUACAGCUCUCUCAAUCACUCUCAUGUAUGGUCACACCCGAGUGACCAACUGCACCUUCCUGUUACAGGCUUAUCUUACUUUGCCCCUUCCCACUGUCACAUCUCAGGUGGUCCUUCCUCAAGUAUCUUCUACAAGCACGUGCCUCUCACCCACAGAGUCAAGUACAAGAAAAG